UAUGUACAUACAUUGUAACACAACUUCCUUAUAUACUCGUGGCCUAUGAGUACAAUAUGACGGUGAACUAAAAUUUUCAUGAACUGUGGUCUUAUUCAAAAUGGCGACGUACUUGGUAUUUAUCUCAUUCGUGAAAUAGGUUAUACAAGAAUAGUUAAAAUAUCUAAAGACUUAUACAUAUAAAUUAUCAAAUUUGUUAUAGUUCUGAAAAUAAUAGUAUGAUUACGUUGAAAUAAAUUAUAUAUUUGUGACAAAUUUUUAUGUUUUGUUGAUCAACCAAAACGUGGAGAAUGGCUGAAAAUGUUACCCAGUACGAUGAAGAAGUUUUACGUUCCAUUAAAACACUUCUUUGGGGUAGUAACGUUAAAGAAGAUGUUUUUAAACGAUGGGCUCAAGGGUUUUAUUUUAGUCCCGAUGAACCCACAGCAUUGAUACAAGCAGAAGGAGGACCUUGUGCAGUUAUAGCUCCCGUUCAAGCUUUCAUUUUAAAACAGUUGCUAUCUGAAGCUGAUAUUUCUACUUGGAGAAAUAUAAGUUCUCAUAAAUGUUACCAACUUCUUGUUCGAGCAGCUGUCGAAAUUCUGAAGCAAGCUGCAGGGGAUAAGGUCCCAAAGUUUUCUAUUGUGUAUAUGAAUUGUAAAUUUCCAAAUGAAGAAAAUGAAGAAAACUGUAGAUUGUUUGAAAAUGCAUCUAAAAUCCAUAACGAAGAAGAAGGAAUAAAUUUGGAUAGAAAAAAAAACGAUCAAAUGAGUGAAAAAGUGUUACCCAUGGAAACAGACGAAGAACAUAAGGGUGUAAAUUCUGAUGACUUUCAUUCUCAUUUGAGGUUAUUUACAACGAAUUUCUCGGAACAGGUGGAGGAAUUCCUUAGAGAGAGACUGGACACAUUGAAACGACAAUAUGGUGUCUUACUGCUUCUCUAUAGUGUAAUUGUUACGAAAGGUGUGCCAGAAAUUCGUGUUGAAAUGUCGGACCCUUUAGAAUCAAUGAUUGAUCCAACUUAUGGGUAUGGAAGUCAAAGCCUUAUAAAUUUGAUGCUCACUGGGAGGGCAGUCAGCCAUGUAUGGGAUUAUGAUCAAACCAUUGGAGAGCUCAAAUUGCGAGGCAUAGACAAGCAGAACCCAAUAGGAUUUCUUGCCCUACUCGAACAUCUUCGUUAUUGUGAAGUGGGUACAUUUUUAAAAUCACCAUCCAAUUCUAUUUGGGUGUUGGGUUCGGAGACACAUUUAACUGUGCUUUUCUCUACCGAAAAGAGGUUAGUGAGUCCUGACACGCCCGCAGAACAUGCAAAAAGAGUAUUUAGAAAAUUUGAUCACGAAGGAAACAAUUUUAUCCCCGACAAUUUGUUACAAGAUGUUCUUGCUGAGCUUGGAUUAGUGGCAGAUGCAGAAUAUGUUCACAUAAUGAAGAAGAAGCUGGAUAGUGAAAAUUUAGGAAUUAUUUUGCGUUCUACUUUUAUGGAUGAAUUCUUUCCUGAAGAAUCACAAAAUUGUCCCGAUAUAUUUCCCUUAUAUCAUUACAAUGGUCUUCGGCGUAGCAAUGAGGAAAGUAAAGUGAUAUAUCGUAAGGGGCAAGCGGUUUUAUUAGAGUGUACCAUAAAAGGUAUUUUGGAAAGUAAUCCUAUGUUGACAGUACUGCAAACAAAAUGGCCGAGGAUUGAAGUGCAGUGGGAUAUUGGGCAGAAUCCAAGUCUUAAUUAGUAAGUGUUGCUCAGAUUUUGUUUUAUACAAUAUUAUUGGCACACUUGCGUACGCGAAAGUGAUCACUCGAUAGAAAAUUUAUGGAAAAUAUCGAUUAUUUGUAUGUAACGUAUACCAAUAUGUGCUUAUGUUGAAAAAAUUAGAAUUGUUAAAUUAGAACGCCAAUUUUGAACGGACAAGAUGUAUCAAAAUCAUUAUGUAGCUUUUGUUAUUAAUCAUCAAUGUUAAAGCUUAAGAGUUUUUAUCAUUUUUAAUAAAUCAGUUCACUUUUUUAAAUUAAAUUCAGAACAAGAAAGAAUACAGAAAAUAUAUUGUAAUAUUGGUAUUGUAAUGAUUAUAAUAUUACAAUUUUUUAAGGGAUUUCAAAAUUUAUGCGACACUAACAAAUUGUUUCACCAUCAAAUAUGGCGAUAUGUAUAUAAAUAUUCAAUUUUAUUUUGACAUGCAAUUUAAUACUCAUUCAGGUGUACAAAAUUUUUAUUAUGUUUCAUACGAUCUUUAUAAUGUAAUAGAAAAUUAAUUUCCACUGAAAUAUCAACACGCUUGUCAAUGCUUAAGUUUACUUUUACUUCUCCAAUGAAAAAUAAUAAAACACAUCUGCUUUCAACAAAUUUAUGAGUAAGUCUUUGUACAAUAUAUAGCUGAAAGUAAAUAGCAUUACUUUAUUGAAAAUACAUCAACAAUUGAA